AUGGCUUUCAGCUUCGCGAACCAAGGAAGUGCCACGGCCGGAGGAGGAGGAGGACUGACUCAAGGCCCCGAGCUGGAGGUGAUCCAGACCGAGGCGCUUGGUUUCAAGUCGAUUGCAGGCGACGCGAAGCUCCGACUCACACCCGCCUGGUCCCCGCCGCCCGCCGAUACCGCCUCGCUCAUCAGCAUUGCCUCCCGCCGAGGCCUCGUCGCCGCCGCCGGACCCGACGGUAUCACCAUCACCUCAACCGACUCGGUGCGCAAGGGCUUCGAGAGCGAAAAGGAGGGCGAUUCCGAUGUCCGCGCCUUCCAGCCGCAGGGCAAGCUGCCCAUGCCUAUGAGGGUGUCGCAGCUCGCCUUCAGCGCCGACGAGAACUACCUGAUCCUCUCCGCCGAGAGCGGAGGCGGCCUCGCGGUAUACGAGGUCGAAAGCCUGCUCCAGGGUGCCACGAAAGCUGCGUUCGAGCUUGCGACGAACGGCGAGACGCUGAGGGCGCUCUUCCCGAACCCCACGAUCGAGAAGGCGGAACUGUGCGCCAUUGUGACGAAUAACGGCAACCUGCACAUGGCGAACCUGAAGGAGAGGUCAGUCAGUAACGUUCUGAAGGCACAGGUUAGCUGUAUAAGCUGGAGUACAAAGGGAAAGCAGCUGGUGGCCGGCUUGGCGGACGGGACCAUUUUCCAAAUGACUCCUGAGGGUGAAGCCAAGGGCGAGAUCCCGCGGCCACCAAACGUGUCGGAUGCUCACGUAUCUUCUCUGACUUGGCUGGAAAAUCACCUGUUUCUCGCCAUCCACACAUCAACUUCGGAGUCCCCGCCAAGUUCAGUAUACCAUCUCAUUACCAGAAAGCUGCCAUCAGAUUUCACUUUCCAGAAGUUGAAUGACCCCGUCGACCCAUUUGGCGCCGAAAAGCCGCCUCAUCACUCAAUAUUGAGGCUCAAGGAAUUCCCUCCCAACCUUUCAGAUCUCCUCAUCGUAGCAUCAACCGUCUCCCCAGACAUCGGCCUUCUCAGCCGGGCGAAAUCACCCCUGACUUCUGAUCAUCCAGUCGACACCGCCGGCGUCUUUACCACAACAGAAUUGGCCGAUGACUCGAAACGUGCCUCUCUGCCCAUGAAUGACAGCUACGAGAACACCAUCCCCAUCGGUGUCGCCCUUGAUCUCUCAGCCAAGGACAAGGUAUACAAGCCCUUGCCCGCCGAUGAGGAGAUUGAGGAUUCUCCGGGCCCAGUGCCGGGUUUGUGGGUGCUGAACAAUGAGGGUGUCCUCAGUUCAUGGUGGAUUAUUUACGAGGACUCCAUCAGGCAGGGCACGACGUACCCUGGUAUGGCCGCGCUUGAUACUUCCGCGCCCCCUGCCGGCGCAUCCACCUCGACACCAGCAGCAGCACCGGCACCGGCCCCGGCUUCGAAUACAUCAGCAUUCGGCGCUCCUUCGAGCACCCCGGCCUUUGGUUCAGCAUCCGCGUUGGGCUCAGGCCAAAAGGCCUCACCGUUCGGUUCUAGCGGAUCCAAGAUCCCUACAUUUGGUGGCUCGUCAGCCCUGGGUUCUAAGGCUUCACCAUGGGGCGCUGCGACGACGUCUUCCGCCGCUCCCGCAGCCUCUGGUUCUACGUUUGGCAGCGGUAGCCCCUUUGGUGGCAGCUCAGCUACAUCAGGCUCUCCUUUUGCUCAGGCCUCGGCAACAAAAUCAGCGUUCGGCACUGGCGGCUCUUUCGGAAGCCCUUCCGCUACAACUCCAGCUGCAAACAAGUCAGCGUUUGGCAGUGGUAGUACCUUUGGGGCCCCUUCCGCUGCUUCAUCGGAUGCACCCAAGUCGGCAUUUGGUAGCGGAAGCGCGUUCGGGACUCCCUCUGCUACUCCAUCAGAUGCACCCAAGUCGGCAUUUGGUAGCGGAAGCGCAUUUGGGACACCCUCCGCGACUCCAUCAGCUGCACCCAAGUCAGCGUUCGGCAGUGGCAACGCCUUUGGGACACCAGCUGCUUCAGCAGGCCCGGCGUUUGGCCAGCCUUCAUCAGUUGGUUUUGGUCAGUCGUCAUCGCUUGGACAGAAGUCAUCUCCAUGGGCCUCAGGCGGAGCAUCUGGUGUGAACACGUCUGCGUCACCGGCGUUCGGCCAGCCCAGCAGCUUCGGAACAUCCGAGAAUAAGAGUGUGUUCGGCGGCGGAUCAGCAGCUAAACCUGCUUCUGCGUCUGGGGGGUUCUCUAGCUUUGCUAGCUCUGGUGGCUUUGGUUCUCUUGGGAAUAAGGCCAACGAGGGUGGGAGUGUUUUCUCCAGUAAGCCUUCAUCAAGUCCAUUCGGCUCUGGGGGUCAAUUGGGCACGGCUUCUAAGGAUACAGCGUUCCCUCCACCGAGCUCGACUGGCCCGGCGACUAGCAAUCCCUUCAGCCAGCCCUUCAAACUGGGGACCACUUUCGAGGCAGAUCCCUCUGCCAAGGACGAUGAUGAGAAGCCUUCUACCCCUGGCGGCUCCUCUCUAUUUGGCAGCAAUUUCGGCUCUGCACUUGGAAGCGCCGUGACGAAGACUCCUCCCAAGGAAACGACCACGGAACCGAACGAAGAGACACCAAAGCCCAAAUCGGUCUUCAGCCUAGGCCAAUCCACAACGCCUAAAGAAACUCCAGCGCCUUCCAAGUUUGGUUUCCCACCAACUUCAACAUCAGCCCCCAAGAGCGGCUUGUUUGGAUUCCCUUCUCAACCAGCAACUGGAGGUUUGUUUGGUUCUGCGAAGCCGGCAGAGAAGACACCCGAGGUCAAGGCCGAGUCCAGCACUCCUCUGCCCCCUGAUACGACAAGCAAAAACUCAUAUCCUCUUGGUGAUUCCUCGUCUUCUUCGGGCACCGGAAAUGUUCCUUCAGACGGUGGAAGUAAGGCUUCACCUCAAGUGGACAAUGCGCCUCUGCCUCCUGAUUUCCUUACUACGCCAAAGGCAACGUCAACGAAGGCAGCCAACGCUGCUCCGCUACCACCGGAUUUCCUCAAGCCUUCAAAGCCACAGGGAAGCACUACCCCGGCCGACGAGGCUCCUCUCCCACCCGACUUCCUCACGCCCAAGCCUGGCAAGACUGCAGUGUCCGCCACGCCUUCGGCGGCGCUUCCUUUGCCAGCAGACGAUCAGUCCUCGCCCGAGGAGCUUGAACGGCCGAAGUCGACUGCACCUGCUACGGCUCCGGACUUCCUUAAGAUGCCCAAGCAAUCUUUAUCGUCGGCAACGUGGUCGUCUACCCCUCAGAACACCACACCUGCAGUGAACGAUGCCCCGUUGCCGCCAGACUUCCUCGCUAAGCCCAAAGAGCCUGUCUUCGCCUCCAUUCCGACUGUACCUGAUAGUGAGCAUGACACCGAUCUGGAAGACGAGGAUGACGAUGAUGAGUCUGAGGGCAGCGGCGUCAUUGUCUCCAAGGAUCAAAGUCCAUCCAUGACAGCGAUGACCCCUACGGCGGGCAUGACCCCGCAAAGCUCGUUUGGUGGCGUUAGCAGCAGCACCUACUCGGUUCCACGGACAGAGGAAGAGAGACCGCGGGCAUCGUUGUUUGGCGACCUGAGCCGCAAUGCUCCCAUGUUUCCCCGACCGUCCCAAACCAGCCCUCGCUCUCCCAGCCCAGUCCGUGGCGCUGUGCCAGGCCGCAUCAUGCGUCAGGAGUCUGCUCGUUCGGUUAGUGCCCCGGGCAUGGCAUCUCAGAUUCUUGCGGCCCAGAAAAAGCAGCCUCCGCAAAUGGGGUCAUCCAUUGUCGGGAACAAAUCCAACGAUGAUCACUUCAUUGCUCAGCAAAGACUUGCGCGCCAAAGGCGGCAGGCCGAGGAGACCAGGGCACUGGAGGACGAGGAGGACGAUGAGAUUCAGAAGAUUCUUGCCUCUAAGAUCGAACCCACACUGAAGCUGGAUGACUUCAUCGCCCACUCAAACGUUGUACCGUCAGCCAAGGAGACCAUCCCGGCCCAGGUGGAGGCAGUGUAUCGCGACAUCAACUCGAUGAUCGACACCCUUGGUCUGAAUGCUCGCUCUCUUGCCAGCUUUCUCAUGGGGCACGACAUCGGAUUCAAAGCCGGAGGCCGACACAAGCAAGACCUCGAGAACCCAGAUAGCUGGGUUCUUUGCGAGAUUGAUGAGCUCGGAGAAGUCGUUGACAGAUCUUUGGCUCAGGACCUCGAGGAUGGUCGUGUUCACGACGUUGAAGAAAAGCUUGAAGCGUGCAAUGAGCUCGCUCGCGAGAUGUCUCGCCUCCGAUCAAAGCAAGAUGACCUUAAGAAGAUUAUCAUGGUUAAGACGGACCCCGAUCAAGCCGACAUCAGCCGCUCUCUGCCUCUGAGCACCGAGCAGGCAAGUCAGCAGAACGAGCUGCGUCGCGGAUACACAAACUUCACCAAGCUUCUUGCCGAAGCCGAGGAAGCCUUGACGAUCCUGAAGACUAGAAUCGCCGCCGCGAACAGCGCAUCUGGAAAGGGCAACUCCAACAUGCCUACCGUCGAAGCCGUCAUGCGAACCAUUGGCAAGAUGACUAGCAUGGUGGAGAAGCGAUCCGGCGACAUCGACGUCCUCGAGAACCAGAUGCGCAAGCUCCGCUUCUCGUCGGUCAACAGCCGCGAGGGCUCCCCGAUGGUCACGCCCCAGAGGAACAGCCGAUCCAUCCUCUUCUCGCCCGAGCGAUCAGCCAUAAUGGCGUCGCCCGGCACCCUGCGCAACUCCAUGGUGUCCUCCGUGGCCUCGUACGGCGGCCGUGGCGGCACGGGCACGCCUCCGCGCAAGAAGCUGAGCGGGUUCAGCGGGGAGGAGAAGUCGGAGUUGAUGGCGAAGCGGGCCAAGCGCCAGGCUGUGCUGAACAAGCUCAAGGCUAAUGUCGAGAGGGCGGGCGUGAGCGCGUGGGCGAUGGAGGAUAUUGAAUGA